ACCAACAAUAUGCAGAUCAGCUCAAUAUGGAGGAGAAUCCUACAGAGUACCUGAUGAGGAACUUCAAUCUUCCCUAUCAAGAUGCCCGCAAAUGUCUAGGCAGAUUUGGACUGGAAAGCCAUGCUCAUACCAUUCAGAUUAGCAAGCUUUCAGGUGGCCAAAAGGCAAGAGUUGUUUUUGCAGAGCUGUCCUGUAGGCAACCAGAUGUUCUUAUACUGGAUGAGCCAACCAACAACCUGGAUAUUGAAUCAAUUGAUGCAUUGGGAGAGGCCAUUAAUGACUUCAAGGGAGCUGUAAUCAUUGUUAGUCAUGAUGCACGUCUCAUCACAGAGACAAACUGCCAGCUUUGGGUAGUGGAAAAUCAGUCAGUGAACCAAAUUGAUGGGGACUUUGAAGACUACAAGAAAGAGGUGCUAGAUGCCCUGGGAGAGAUUAUGAUUGAUAAACACCGUGAAUAAGCAGCAGUCAUUUUUUCAGUGAGAGGAGGUGGACUUUGAGCUGUGUGCUGCUAAAGCAGUGUGUAACAGGGAGAGAUCAGGUUAUCAGUCUCAACAAAAUAACAAACUCAGCAGAGGAAAACCAAUCCAAAGUCUUUUUCAGCAUCAAAUGAAUACCAGUUCUCUAAUUUGUGAGAAGAAAGCAGGAAGGCUAUGGAAUAAAGUGCUUUUCUUUAUUCAUUUUUGAGAAAUUUUAAGAAACUGAGUGCCAUGAAGCAGUGUACAGAAAUAAUCAAAUAUGUUGGGUCAAUACUAGCAACAGAUAGAUGAAGCAAACUUCACUCCCCUCUGCCUUUGGCAAGCAUUUGGCAAAAGAUGACAUUUCCAGGGAGGGAAAAAAAAGUUCUGGCUGUUUUUAUAUAAAUUAAAAGAGUGAGUCUUUAAUCUUUUAUCAUGAUUGAAAGAAUUGUGUCAUUGCAUAAUUUCAUUAGAGGAUUCUGUAUUUGGGUAAAUAUGAAACUAAGAAGUUGUUCAAUUUUGUAAGUCAAUAAAGGCUAAGCACAUUAUUUUA